CAACAUUUCAGUUUGUUCAUUCAAAUCCAAUCCUGAAGGUCACUUCACAUCCAAGUAAUACCACCGCCAUCAAAAUGUCCCGACCAUUCCCCUCCUACACCAAAACCUACCAUCAUACCCCCUCCCCAACCAUCUCCCCCAGCCGCCCCGCCCUCUCCGCCAGCGGAAAAUCCAUCCUCAUAACCGGCGGCGGUGCAGGAAUGGGCGUGCAAAACGCCCUCGCCUUCGCCGAAGCAGGAGCCUCGCACAUCGCCCUCCUAGGCCGCCGCCUCGAGCCCCUCCUAUCCACCAAAACCCUCCUCAACCACCACUUCCCCACCGUCGACGUCUUCACCGCAUCCGUCGACAUCGGCAUCAAGCAGCAAGUCGACACCGCCUUCGCAGAUUUCACAUCGCACACCCACGGCAGGAAAAUCGACGUCCUAAUUAGCAACGCCGCCGCCAUCGGCCCCUUGGAAUCCCUCGGCCACACCCCCGUCGACGAAAUAUCCUCGUAUAUCGCCGCCAGCAUCAAAGGCGCUGCGUAUCUCGCCGACGCGUUCCUUCGACACCGCGCCCCGCGCGACGCCGUCGUCGUCAAUGUGAGCUCCGCAAACGCAUACCUGAAUCUCGUGCCAAAGUAUCUGAGCUAUGGCGUUGCGAAGGCCGCGAUUGCGAGGUUGUGGGAUACGGUGCUUUUCACGAAUCAGGGCGAGCUCUGUGUUUACCAUACCCAGCCGGGGAUUGUGGAUACGGGUAUGAAUCAGGAGUUUCGAGGGGGUGCGCCAAAGGAUGAGCGUGUUGCUGAUGAAGCGUCUCUGCCGGCGAAUUUCAACGCUUGGCUCGCGAGUCCCGAAGCGCGGUUUUUGAAUGGUAGGUUCGUGUGGGCGAAUUGGGAUGUUGACGAGCUUCUGGCGAGGAAGGAGGAGAUUGAGAAGAGCGAGGAUUUGAAAGUUUCGUGUGUGGGGUGGAUGAGAUAUGGGCCUACCGCUUAG